UACCCGAGAGCGAGUUCAACCUCCAGCUGCGAUAGACGCGCGCAAACGUCCUAUUGCCCAAACUCAGAGGCUGCAUGGUGGCAAUGAAUAACCAAGUAUUCCUUCACUCAAAGGCAAUCAACGAUGGUGAAAAGCUCUCAUUGAUCAUCGAGGGACUUGAGGCGCGUACACGCUGCAGAGCGGAGAUGGACGGUGCGUGGUUAGUCAUAAACGACGAUAGAAUCCACAUGCCGGGUGAUCUAAGAAGGAAUGUUGGCUCGCCUCAUCAGCUGCAGUUCUACUCGUACCCGCUAAACCCAGUGGAGCACGUGCUUACGAAGAUGAAAACAUCCGUUAGACGCCUGCCGAGCAGACGUUGUGUAGUCAUUCCACAGAGCAUGAUUAGGUCACCACGCAAACGGCGAUAACGUCCGCCCGAGGUUGUGGAAGCUCCAAGGCCGUGAGAUACCGUUUUAGCCAUGGGCGCUGUGCUUGAAUUGCAUAUUCAACAUGUGGGCGUAUAUAAGCGGAAAGUCGAUGAUUCGAAUUGUCCGAAAUCUAUAGGUACUGCCUUUGUUUUUAGUUCUCUUACCCAGUUACAUCAUGAGUAGUA